AUGAAGACCUCCGGCAUUUCGUGGAGGCAAUUGGACGGGCUGGCAUUCCUUCCAGAAGCCGAAGUAGAAGAAGGGAUGCGUCACCUCAGAGAAGAGGCACCUCCAGAAGCGGCAUCUACAGAGGCGGCACCUCCAGAAGAGGCACCUCCAAAAGAGGCACCUCCAGAAGAGGCACCUCCAGAAGCGGCACCUCCAGAAGCGGCACCUCCAGAAGAGGAACCUCCAGAAGCGGAGGACUUGGUGUCAUAUUUUGACGCAACUUACGUCAGUGGGAACGUACGCCGGAUUCCACAACCAGGAGGUUUGCGGGUGCGCCUUCGACGGACCCCAGCGUUGUUCCCACCCGAAACAUGGAACCAACACGAAGCUACUUUUCAUGGAAAGAGUAGAACUAAUAAUCAUUCUGAGGCAUGGAACCUGCGAUUGCAGACACUUAUUGGACAUAGCCACCCUAGAGUAUGGAAGCUGAUAGAUGUCCUGCAGUCUAUCCUCGCAACCAAGAUCACGUUGGUUGCAAAAACCGAUGCUGGAGAUCCCCCAAAGAAGAAGAGGAAGAGAGUAUAUUUGCAACUUCAGGAACUCGAAGAGAUGGCAGGGUUCUCGCUCGAGUUUAUCGUGACGGCAGCCUUCCUAUUCGGGGUCGGCCGGGGAGCGACGAACCAGACCGAUACCAAAUGGGCCAGAACGGAGGCAUUGGGAAUGAACGGACGAGUCUGGCUGCAGUGGACCCCCAGGGUCGGGGACGGGGACAUCGAGUUCUUCUUCGUUGCUCCAAGCACGGGAUGGAUCGGAAUGGGUUUCUCCCCCAACGGCGAAAUGAAUGGGGCCGACAUAGUCAUCGGAGGAGUCAGGAACGGAUCUCCAUAUUUUAACGAUCGUUACUCCGCUUCGAACACCCUUCCUGUCGUGGACAAGCAGCAGAAUUACCAAUUGAUCAGCGGGGCGGAGAACGGGACCCACACCUGGCUUCGUUUCUCUCGCAAGAUCGACACCACGGAUGCGUCGCAGGAUUAUCAGAUCACGAAUAAGCCGGUGGAGGUGAUUUGGGCGUAUGGAGAUAAAGACCCUGGGACCGGGGAGGAACCGGCUUAUCACGGGCGCCAGCGAGGGGGACGCACCUUGUCCCUCCUCGAUGCGACUGGGAAUGUCGGUACGACUUCUUCGCCGCCGAAGGGCGGAAGGAAAGCAAAGCAUUCGUCGGAGGAAUCGUCGAACGAUUCGUCGGAGGAGGGCAGAGGUUGACCUCCCGGAGCCUCAUCGAUGGAGGGAGGUCACGCCGUCGCUUCGUUCCCGAGCCGCGUCCUUUAUUACAGGUCUCACUUGCUUUCACUGAAUGCAUUUUCGCCGAUCCUCGGUCACGACUUCACGCUGGCAUUUUUCGUCUCCCUCGACUCCGUCACGAAUGAAGUUGCACGUUCCGAUCGAACACUUCCCGGCAAAGUUUUCUUUCUGGGAAAUGAAACACCUGCUGGAGAAUUCAGAUUACCGACCGAUCACACGCACGAACGUUUCCCAAAAGACAACCGGAGAAAAUUGUCGAAAUAUAAUCGAAUUCGAGAUAUGAGGUCACGGUCGGCAUGCCAAGCAUCGGUUUAUGAGCCCACCGAUGAUUCUUGGCACGUGCGAUUAAGGUUGAGGAAAAUGGGAU